CCCGGCCACGCUCCCGCCUCCCGCACCAUAGGCCGCCCCCCGCGCCCUCGCAGUCUUUAACGUCCCAGCCUCUCGUUUGCCUCGCACUCCUGCCGCCCAUCACCCAACCACCGCGCGCCUCUCCUCUCCUCUCCUCUCCCGCCGCGCGAAUCGCGAUCUUUUCCUAAGCCGCGGCCACGGUUUGCCUCGCUAGCUUGCAGUAUCUGUAUCACACAGAGGGGUCAAGGGGACGGAUCAGCUAGCUCUCUCUAUAGCUAGCAAAGCCGGCCAUGUGCAAGAGGAGCUGCAUGGCGCCGUCCGAGUCGUGCGCGGCGCGGCCGGCGGACGAGAGGCCGGCGGUCUGCAGCUGCGGCGGGGCCGGUGGUGGUCAGGCGGCGGCGGGGACGUCGUCGGACCGCCACCACCAGCUUGUGCUGCUGCAGGCGGAGGCGGUGGAGAAGAAGAAGGGCGGCAGGGGGGCGGCGGCGCCGGACGAGGCGGCGAUGGCCGACGGCGGCGGCGGUGGCGGAGGCGCUGGGGAUCACCAUCAGCAAGCGGCGUUGCUGGCGCCGUUGCCGGUGUCGAGGCGGCCGGCGCCGUCGUCGGUGGCGGCGGGGGAGGAGAGGGAGAGCGCGCGGGAGCGGCUGAAGCGGCACCGGACGGAGAUGGCCGGGCGGGUGCGGAUCCCGGAGAUGUGGGGGCAGGAGAGGCUGCUCAAGGACUGGGUCGACUGCGCCGUCUUCGACCGCCCGCUCGCCGCCACGCGCGGCCUGCUCACCGCCCGCGACGCCCUCGUCGCCGAGUGCGCCGCCCCCGCGCGCCGCCCGCCGCACGGCCCCACCGCCCGCCCGCUCCGGGUGCAGAACGGCUGCUCUUGAUCGUGAUCGAUCGCCUCCGAUCUCCAUCGAUCGAUCGAUCGAGUGCUUUCGUCAAGUUUUUGCCUCCCCUGGCCGGCCGCCUGCUAGCUUCUUCCAAGUGAAAAGUUACUCGUCUUCUAUGCGAAACCUAUUCGGGGUAUGGAUUAUUUGAUCGAUGUCAAGUACUCUACUUAAUCUGUAUACUACUUUUGACUACUGGUGGAUGUAAUUAAUUAGUUAAUUGAUCACCAUUUGCGGCAAGUUCGAUCCAUUCUUGUUCGAAGCAAUACUCCGUCUGCUCUAAUAUAAGAGCUUGCUAGCUGUUGAUUAUUUCA